AUGGCUAUGAUAUUUUGCAACACUCUCUUCUCUUCUCCUCCGCUUCUCUCUCCAUUAACUUCGACUCAAACAAAACCGUCCCGAUCCUCAAAGAAUCUCAUAGCUCGAGCUCAGUCCCAGUCAAUGGAGGAUCACAUUCACGACGAUCCUCUCCGGCAGAAAUUCAUGGAGUUCCCGUACGUGACAGCCACGCGCAAGCAGCUCAUGGUUGACAUAAUUUCGACGGUGGAGGAUCACUUCCAGCCGCUACUCCUACCUUGUAGUCUUCCUCCGGAUGUAAGAAACUUCAAGAACCCUAACGGUUCCGCCGAAGCAUCUAUAUAUAUCAGAUCCGGCGAGAAAUCCUCCCCGAUUGAUUUCUUUAUAGGAAGUUGGGUACACGGAAAGAUCCCAACAGGUGUAACUCUCAACAUAACAACCGUCUCUGCCUUCUUAAAAUCCUCAACGAACGCUCCAAACUUUACGCUCGAAGUCAUACAGACCAGUCCCACGUCACUCAUUCUCAUUCUCGACCUCCCCCACCGCACGGACCUUGUUCUUAACCCUGACUAUAUCAAGGAAUAUUACCAAGACACUAAUCUUGAUUCUUAUCGUCAAUCUUUACUCAAGCUUCCUGGAGUUAAACCUUACGUUUCGCCUUCUCUCUUUGUUCGUUGUGUUGUCUCUCCUGCUGCCUCGGUUCUUAAGAUCGACGUGGAGGAAGAGGAACAGUUGGAGGAGAUAUGGAGAGAUCAUGUGGGUCCAGCUGCUAAGGAGAUUCUCGGGGUUUGGUUUGAGCGUUGCGCGAGGGAAGAUGAUGAGGAGAAGAGAGUGAUGGGAGAAGAAGAGAGAAUGGAGUUGGAGAGAAGAGAUAAAAGCUUCAGGUUGAAGAACAUAGAAGACGAUUUGGAUUUCCAGUUUCCGAUACUGUUUGGGGAAGAAGUUUCGUCACGUGUUUUACACGUCAUCAAAGAAGCUUUCGGUGUUCUUUAG